GCAUGCUAUUUUUCAAGCAAACAGUAUUCAAGUAAUGGACCCUACUUGACGAGAGGAAUACAACAAUUGCACUACAUAGUGCAGAAAGGAAAAACACCAUUUUGUGAGCAUUCAUCUCUUACCUCAAAGUCCAACAUGAUGUUCACAAAGCUUGUAACAUUUCAGUUUAUUCUCAUCACCUUUUUCUUCUCACUUUUAAGGUUCUCUUCCUCGGAAGUUUCUGGUGUUUCUUUAUCCAACGGUACUGUUAUGUUUGGCCAUGAAGCUGUCGAAGAUAAAAACAUUGAAGCAAGUGCUCUAUUGAAGUGGAAAGCCAGCCUUGAUAACCAAAGCCAGGUUUCCUUGUCUUCUUGGUCUACUUUCACUAGCCCUUGCAAGUGGAAGGGCAUAGUUUGUGAUGAAUCCAACUCUAUCAGCACUAUAAAUCUUGUAAACUUUGGACUAAAAGGUACACUUCUCAAUCUAAACUUCUCAUCCUUUCCUAAGCUUCUGAGGUUUCAUGUAAGUUACAACAACCUCGGUGGACCUAUUCCUCGUCAACUUGGUAACAUGUCCAAACUUUCUGAGUUGAGAAUGGAUCAUAAUUACUUUAGUGAUUCCAUCCCCCAAGAAAUAGGGACACUGCAUAACUUGGAGUAUCUGUUCUUGAGAGCAAAUCAACUUUCUGGUUCCAUCCCCCUCACAAUUGGAAUGUUGACAAAUCUUGUUACACUUGAUUUAUCAUCCAACCAUCUCUCUGGUACAAUCCCUUCACUAAGAAACUUGACAAAUUUACAAGAACUUAUCCUCUUCAACAACCUUCUCUCUGGUCCUAUCCCUGAGCAUUUGGGAGGACUUCAUCAUCUCACAACAAUCAAAUUGUUAAAAAAUCAUAUUUCUGGGCUAAUCCCUUCUUCCAUAGGAGACCUGGCUAAUUUGAUGAAACUUCAGCUCACUCGUAAUCAACUACAGGGGUCAAUUCCUUCCUCUCUUGGAAACUUGACAAAGCUCAUUGAAUUGUCCAUGUCUGAAAACAUGCUUUCUGGUUCAAUUCCUGCUUCCAUAGGAAACUUGGUCAAUCUAGAAAAGCUUAACCUUGCACAAAACAAACUUUCUGGACCUAUUCCCUCUAUCUUCAGAAAUUUGACUAAGCUUACCUUCCUAUUACUUCAUGUGAACAAACUUACCGGAAAUUUCUCAGCAGCAACAAGUAACCUUACCAAUUUAGUAAAUUUACAACUAAGCUCUAAUCAUUUCACUGGCCCUUUGCCACAAUAUAUUUGCCUUGGAGGGUCACUUUUAUGUUUUGCAGCCAAUGAAAAUCGUUUCACUGGCCCAAUUCCAUCAAGUUUGAAGAACUGCUCUAGUCUUGAAAGGCUCAACCUUGCAGAAAAUAUGUUGAUGGGAAACAUUAAUGAUUUUGGUAUGUAUCCAAAUUUGGAGUACAUUGAUCUGAGUAGAAAUGCCUUCAACGGUCACCUUUCAUCAAAUUGGGUCAAAUGUCAUAAUCUCAUAGGCCUGUUUAUCUCAUACAACAGAUUAUUCGGUGGUAUACCCCCAGAGUUAGGCCAGGCACCUAAAUUACAAAGGCUUAAACUUUCUUCAAACAGCCUAACGGGAAAGAUUCCAAAAGAACUUGGGAACUUGACCCAGUUGUUUGAACUCUCCAUAAGUAACAACAAUCUUUCAGGCAACAUUCCCUUCGAAAUUGGUUCCUUAAAGCAACUUCGGAUCUUUGAUCUUUCAACAAAUGUUUUAAGUGGUCCAAUCCCAAAACAGCUCGGAAGGUUGCUCAAGUUAAAUCACUUGAACUUAAGCCAUAACAAAUUAAAUGAAAGCAUUCCGUCUGAAUUUAGCCAACUGCAACAUCUUCGAGAACUUGAUCUUAGUUGGAAUUUGUUGAAUGGAAAAAUUCCAGCAACACUUCGAAAAUUGAAGAUGUUGGAAAACUUGAACCUCUCCCACAACAAUCUCAGCGGAAACAUUUCCUCAAGUUUUAAGGAUAUGCUCAGUUUGACAAACGUUGACAUAUCUAAUAACCAAUUAGAGGGUCCAAUUCCUAACAAUCGAGCCUUCCUUAAGGCUCCAUUUCAAGCAUUGCAGAACAACAAAAACUUGUGUGGCUAUGCUUCUGGGCUGAUGCCUUGCCCGCAGUUGUUGAGUCACAAUCCUCAUCGUAAGAAGAUCAAGAUGUUACUCUUCCUUACUUUGGGUGCAUUAUUUGUUGUUGGAGUUUCACUAUACAUUCAUUGGCAAAAAGCAAGAAAAAUCAAAAAGCAAGAGAGAGAAGAAAAAAAUGGAGAUCUUUUUUCUAUAUUGCAUUAUGAUGGGAAAAUAGUGCAUGAAACAAUCAUCGAAGCAACGAAUAAUUUCGAUGAAAGAUAUCUCAUCGGAAAAGGAGGGUUUGGAGGUGUUUACAAGGCCAUCUUACCCUCUGGCCAGAUUGUUGCUGUGAAGAAACUUCAGGUUGAAGUUGACAGUGAAAUGGUUGAUUUUAAGGCUUUUACAUCUGAAGUUCGAACCCUGACAGAAAUCAAACAUCGUAACAUUGUGAAGUUGCAUGGGUUUUGUGAACAUCCACGCUAUCGUUUCUUGGUUUAUGAGUUCGUAGAAGGUGGCAGCUUGGACAAAGUACUAAACAACGACACACAUGCAUCAAUGUUUGACUGGAAUAAGAGGGUUAACGUUGUUAAAGGUGUGGCAAAUGCUUUGUAUCAUAUGCACCAUGGUUGCUCUCCUUCUAUUGUUCAUCGUGACAUAUCAAGCAAGAAUGUUCUCAUAGAUUUGGAAUAUGAAGCUCGCUUAUCUGACUUUGGAACAGCAAAGAUUCUUAAUCCUAAUUCACGUAAUUUAACUUCGUUUGCAGGCACUUAUGGAUAUGCUGCACCAGAGCUUGCUUAUACAAUGGAAGUGAAUGAGAAAUGUGAUGUGUUCAGUUUUGGGGUGCUUUGUUUGGAAAUAAUAAUCGGAAAUCACCCAGGAGAUUUGAUUUCUUCGAUGCAUUCACCAUCUUCAACAUCAGUAACAGCUAAUUUGCUAUUGAAGGAUGUGAUGGACCAACGAUUACCUUUUCCAGUGAUGCCAGUUGUUAAGGAGGUGGUAAUCAUUGCAAAAGUGGCAUUUGCUUGUUUGAAUGAAAGACCACUUUCUCGUCCAACCAUGGAAGAUGUUUAUAACAAGUUUGUGAUGCCUAAGUCACCUUUAACGAGGGAUACACUCAACACCAUUGUUCUUGGACAACUUCAAAAUUAUUGAACAUGGUUUCCUUGUGUGUUCCAAUAAGUUUAGAGUUCUUUUUUCCUCUCUCAUGCUGCUUAUCAUGUGUUGUCUGGAAAUAUUUGGCAAUAAAUUGGUGGUGGGCAAUAAAUUGUUUAAGUUAUGAAAUUUUAUCCUAAUAUAUUAUAGAACAAUGAUAUUUUGACUACUAAAUUUUAACAAU